AGGCAUGGUAAACUACAAGAAAAGGCUUACUAUGAAAAUUGGUAACCCCAGAUGGUAACUCUUCAGAUGGAGAGUUGGGGAAAUUUCCCACUCCAAAUAACUUGAUAAUUCUCCCAAAUCCUUUUUUGUUUUUGUUCCUUUUUUUUUUUUUUUUAAGAUUUAUUUAUUUGAGAGAGAGUGGGGGAGGGGCAGAGGAAGAGAAUCUUAGCAGGCCCUCCACUGAGCAUGGGGUUCCACACAGGGCUCCAGCUCAAAGAUCUGAGCUGAAACCCAAGAGUCAGACCUUUAACCGAAUAAGCCACCCUGGCGCCUCGUUCUUGUUCUUUAAACAGAGAAGAUGAGAAUUCUCUGUGGGAGGAUCAGUAGGCAUCAGUAGAGAAGUGUGAGAAGAAGAUGUAUCAGGGAAGGCCAGUCGAACCUUUCCUGAACUUGGGACCAGCUAUGGCCUUAGUGGAGUCCAGGGCAGGGGGCUAGUAUGUCCCUACUCUGGAAAGUGGGGCGACCCUAUUGGGAGGUCAGCGGUGCUGGCCCUGAAAGAAUUCACCCAAGGCAGAACAGAGGAGAUGGAAGUUUAUUGAAUACACUGCAAGGGAGCAGAGGAGAGACUGUGCCAGGAGGCAGUGGUGGGGGGCCUGUAGUUAAGGGGGAGGGGGAGGAGGUAGGGGAACAUGUGGAACUUUACUUUUUUUUAGUUCCUGUGCCUGGUUGUAAGCAGCCCAUUGGUCAGCAAGGGCUUACGGCUGUUCUGAGGUGGGUUUCCUGAUGGACCUGUUUGCGUUCAGCCGGGUGGUUGCUAUGGGCCCUUCUACCUUACUCGGUCUUCCAUUGCCCAAGCCUGUUGCCUAAAAGUGGCCCUACAGAAAGCACUGCCUGAUUACAUUGGCACUGUGGUAACCUUGUUUGUACCUUAACCUAAUCGUAGCUCAGGUUGGUGGGUUGGUUGAUUGAGUGUUCCUAGGAGUGGAAUUCUCUGGGACUGAUUCGAGAUUCCCCUGGCAACAUGGGUACCCACUCAUUUUGCGAAGGUUUUUGAACCUGCUGGUUCUUGGAAAACAGUAUAACAUGAAGUAAAGACCUUGGAUCUAGACUUGGACUGCCUUUUAAAAAAGUUUGAAUUCUUGCUUCAUUUAUUUUCUCACUUCCAACCUUCAAAUUAUUUAAUUUCUGCCAUGUUUUUGAGAGUUGCUGCGAAGAAUAAAUAAAGGAUGUGAAGUUCUUAGAUCAGCACCUGCCACAUAGUGUGCAAACAUAUAGGCUAUUUUUAUCUCUAGUAAUCUUUUAAGAAAAUGACGGUCACCUCCUUUCUAGGUGUUUUGAUUCUUGUGGUUUAAGUGCAGAAGCUAGUUAAGUGUUAGAGCCUCAAAGAAAGUAAGCAGGGUGUUGUAAUGAAAGAGGGGUGGUUGGGGGUGGACAUAAUAUCCUAGGGAAGGUCUCUAAAAAUGGGAUGUGUGAAGCCUGAAACCUAUCAAAUAGAUGACGAAAGAGGUCCAGCCCAGAGAACUGUGUGCAGAGCUGUGUGGUUUUGUCAAACCUGGACAGGAGUUUAGGUUUGAGUCCAAGUGCAGUGGAGGGUCACCAAGUACAAGGAAGGGUUUAAGCAAGGGCCUGAUGUGAUCUGACUUGUGAUCCAGUGCUUUGGCUGGUUUUUCUGGACAACUGGCAAGAAAGGGAACCAGUUAAGGGACUAGUAGCUGAGACUACUGGUAGUAAUGGGGAUGUAAAAAAUGAGCGGACUUAAAAGGUCAUCAAAUCCAUCCAGAUCUUGAUAGGGAAGUAGAUGAUCCAUACGGAUAUAAAUACAAGGUAUUGUGAAAGCGAAACUUAACUGGGGGUGGGUCUAAAGAACCAGUAUGGGUGCCAUGGAUCAAGUCCUUGGGGCCCUUGGCAUGGUGUGUGGGGGUUAUCACCCCACUCUACCACAAACCAAGCUCAUUAGGACAGGGAUCCCAUCUCUGCUUCUCGAUGUGUUUUGGCACCUAGUAUGGAUUCUUCACCUUAAAGUUGGAUGAACCAUAGAUUUGGAGGGGAAAUAAUAUCUGUUAUAUUAUAACAUAUCUGUUAAACGUUGCUUUCUUCUCAAGAGGGGAAAUGCCUCCAACACACACAUAAACAGAGACUAGGCCAAGUAGUCCAUCUUCACCCUUUUUCUACACUCCCCUUUGUCUGUGUCCCCUAGUAGAAUGACUGCCCUUCCAGUGCAGGGAUGCAUCUCAUCCCCCAUGGGCCUGGCGCAAUUAGGGGCCUAGAGUAGGUGCUUCUCAAAGAUCGAUUUCCGCCAGGAGGCUCUAUCGUGCUAAAAAGGGAACCACUAGGGGGCGAGCUGGUACCAGCGGAGCACCGGCCUGGUGCACUCGCCCUCCCUCGCUCACCGCGCAGGGCGGGGCCUGUGCGUCCCGACCCGCUCCUGCGCCUGCUCAAGCGCCAUUUGACAGAGGGGUGGGGCUUAGCUUCCGAGUGUGGGCGGAAGUUGCCGAGAGUCCUCGGGAGCUUUGAGUACGCUCCGUUGGCCUCGCAAGGAGGCGGAAGUAACCGAUUAGCACCGGAAGUUGCCCAGCGCUGCCUGUGAGCGUUCUCAAGUGGCGCGGGGCGCCAGUUGCCAUGGAGCCGGCCGGGCCCUGUGGUUUUUGCCCGGCCGGGGAGGCCCAGCCCGCGCGCUACACCUGCCCUCGCUGUAAUGUGCCCUACUGCUCGCUGCGCUGCUACCGGGCGCAUGGCACCUGCGCCGAAGCCUUCUACCGGGACCAGGUGCUGGGAGAGCUCCGCGGCCGCAGCGCCUCGCCCAGCCGCCUGGCCAGCGCCCUACGGCGGCUGCGAGAGCAACGCGAGACCGAGGACGACCCCGAGGACGCCGGCCUCAGGCCUGGCCCGGCGCCAGGCGGCUUCACCAGGCUCUGGGAGCUGCUGGCCCCCGCCGAGAAGGCGGCCUUCGAGCGGCUGCUGAGCCGUGGCGAGGCCGGGCGGCUGCUGCCCCCGUGGCGGCCGUGGUGGUGGGGCCGCGGGGCCGGGUCGCGGCUUCUGGAGGAGGUGGAUGAUGCUGCGGACCAUGACCCUGCGGAGCGGGAGCCCACCCCCGCGAGGACGUCACCGGAACCCGUGAAGGAGGCCGCCGCCGAGCCGUUUCUCGAAGACGCUCCCGAGGCCCGCGCGCCCGCCGUGCCCACCCGGAUCCCCACGCUGGCCAGCCUGAGCCGCAGCCCGGCCUCGCCGCUCGUGCGCUUCCAGCUGCCCAACGUGCUGUUCUCCUACGCGCACACUCUUGCCUUGUAUCACGGCGGCGACGAUGCGCUGCUCUCCGACUUCUGUGCCACGCUGCUCGGCGUUUCCGGAGCCCUGGGUGCGCAGCAGGUCUUCGCCUCUGCCGAGGAAGCCCUGCAGGCCGCCGCCCAGGUGCUCGAAGCAGGCGAGCAUCCGCCUGGGCCCCUGGGCACACGGGGUGCCAUGCGCGAAGCCGCCCGCAUCCUCAUGGGCGAAGGCCCGGCCGACCAGAAAGGCUACACGCUGGCAGCACUGGGGCACCUGGCGCGGACGCUGGGCCGGGCCCGGAAGCAAGCUGUGGCCACGGAAGAGCGAGAUCGCCUCUACCGGGCGCGGAAGAAGUGCCAGUUCCUACUGGCUUGGACCAAUGAAAAUGAGCUGGCCCUCACACCCCUGGCUCUGGACUGUGCCCGGGCCCAUCGAGCCCACGCUGUGGUGGCCGAGGAGGUGGCAGCCCUCACCGGGGAGUUGGAGCGGCUUUGGGGAGGCUCCCUGCCACCUGCUCCAAGAAUUCUCAUCGAGGAACUCCCUGGCUGAACUGGGAUCCCUCUGUCACUAAUAAAGCUGUGACUGGUCUGC